CUGUACAGACUUGCGUACAACGUUUCUCUACAUUUGUGGCUUAAAAUUGUGUUCCUUAUAUUCAUCUUAAAAUUCAGUAAUAAAGGUAUGUUUUCCCGUAGGUUGAACUGGUGAACGUUGAAGAUGAUGAUGUUGUGUCUGGUGAUUCUAUUGGCUGUUGGUCACGUGUGCGCUGUUGAACCUGGCUUCAAACUAAGAAUAACAAACAAGGGACUGAACUAUGCCAAAGACCUGAUGGUCCGAUACCUCCAAGAAUCCUCCAAUGACUUUCUUCCAGCGCAGAUUGAAGGUGUAAACAAUAUCGCGCAGUGGAGUCUCCAAAACAUCCGGUACAAGAACUUCACAGUUGGGGACAGCUCUCUGCGGCUAAACCCCAGAUUCCUGACCUUGACCUUACAAGAUGUGGCUGUUGAAUCCAGCAUGGACGGUCUCCUCUCUCGUGAUGCUCUGUAA